UCCCCCAGGUCGCUUAGGUGAUGCUGCAGCCAAGAUGGCGCCGGCGGCAGCCACGGAGGCUUGAGCGCGAUGCUCCCGGUCUUCCGCAGCAGCGGCGGCGGCUGUGGCCUCGGCCGGGGCGUCCGGUCUCUCCCGGGCGUGAGCGCUCAGGCGACUCUCCUCCGGCCGGGUUAGCCCGGGUAACGAAGAGGCAGCCACGAAGAGAGGAGGCAGUGAGAACCGCAGAAAGAGAGCGGCGCCUCCUGCCCCGGCACCAUGGCUGGGCUCAUCAAGAAACAGAUCCUGAAGCACCUCUCCAGCGAUCCCUGCUGGCUGUGGUGGAGAUUGGUGUGCUGUGAAUUUCCUAAUCAAGGAAUCUAAGAAACCCUGGCAACUGACUACUUGCUUUCACCAGGAAUAGGGACCUUUUGUCUGAAUUUCCUGCCCUCAGAUUUACUAAAAAUUUAUCUCCUGACAAGAUAAAUCUGAGUACCCUCAAAGGAGAAGGUGAAUUGAAGAAUUUGGAGCUGGAUGAAGAGGUGCUCCAGAAUAUGUUGGAUUUGCCAACAUGGCUUGCUAUCAACAAAGUUUUUUGUAAUAAAGCAUCUAUUAGGAUCCCAUGGACAAAAUUGAAAACACAUCCCAUCUGUUUGUCCCUGGAUAAAGUAAUAAUGGAAAUGAGUACAUGUGAAGAACCACGAAAUCCUAAUGGCCCAUCACCAAUUGCAACUGCUUCAGGACAAAGUGAAUAUGGCUUUGCUGAAAAAGUCGUUGAGGGAAUUACUGUUUCUGUAAACUCCAUUGUUAUCCGCAUUGGAGCAAAAGCUUUCAAUGCAUCCUUUGAACUUUCCCAGCUACGAAUCUAUAGUGUAAAUGCAAACUGGGAACAUGGAGAUUUAAGAUUUACUCGCAUUCAAGAUCCACAGAGAGGAGAGGUUCUGACGUUUAAAGAAAUAAAUUGGCAGAUGAUUCGAAUAGAGGCAGAUGCUACUCAAAGUUCACAUCUUGAAAUUAUGUGUGCUCCUGUUCGAUUAAUAACCAACCAAUCAAAAAUCAGAGUCACACUUAAAAGAAGAUUAAAGGACUGCAAUGUUAUUGCAACAAAGUUAGUUCUAAUAUUGGAUGACUUAUUAUGGGUUUUAACUGAUUCCCAGUUGAAGGCUAUGGUACAAUAUGCAAAAUCUCUUAGUGAAGCAAUAGAAAAAUCAACCGAACAAAGGAAGAGUAUGGCUCCUGAACCUACACAGAGCUCGGCAGUAGCCCCAUCUACCCAACAAGUGAAGACACCACAGACUUCAAAUGCUCCUGAUCUAAACGAUGCAAUUGUGAAACUAUUCAAUGACUUUGAUGUUAAAGAAACGUCUCAUCAUUUAGUGAUUUCUCAUCUAGAUCUACACAUAUGUGAUGACAUUCAUGCUAAAGAAAAAGAGUCAAACAGACGUAUUACUGGAGGGGCUAUGCAACUGUCUUUUACACAGCUAACUAUAGAUUAUUAUCCUUAUCACAAAGCAGGAGAUAGUUGUAAUCAUUGGAUGUAUUUUAGUGAUGCAACCAAAACAAAAAAUGGAUGGGCCAACGAAUUGUUACAUGAAUUUGAGUGCAACGUUGAAAUGCUUAAGCAGGCUGUAAAGGAUCAUAAUGUAGGUUCACCUCCUAAAUCCCCAACACAUGCCUCUCCCCAGCACACACAAACAGAGAAAGACUCGGCUCUGAAAGGGACUUCCAGAUCACCUUCAGUAUUAUCUCAGCAGUCCAAAGCUAAGUUAAUGUCUAGUUCUGUUGUGGUUAGACUUGCAGAUUUCAAUAUAUACCAGGUCUCUACAGCAGAACAGUGUCGUUCUUCCCCCAAAAGUAUGAUUUCUUGCAAUAAGAAAUCCCUGUAUCUUCCACAAGAAAUGUCAGCUGUUUAUAUAGAAUUCACAGAAUAUUACUAUCCAGACGGAAAGGAUUUUCCAAUUCCAUCUCCCAACCUUUAUAGCCAACUGAAUGCACUACAGUUUACCGUGGAUGAAAGAAGUAUUCUAUGGUUAAAUCAAUUUCUCUUGGAUUUAAAACAGAGUCUUAAUCAAUUUAUGGCUGUAUACAAGUUGAAUGACAAUUCAAAAUCUGAUGAGCAUGUUGAUAUUCGAAUUGAUGGCUUAAUGCUAAAGUUUGUCAUUCCUUCUGAAACGAAAUCUGAAUGUCAUCAAGAUCAACCACGUGCAGUUUCUAUUCAGAGUUCUGAAAUGAUUGCCACAAAUACAAGGCACUGUCCAAACUGUCGACAUUCUGAUCUAGAAGCUUUGUUUCAAGACUUUAAAGAUUGUGAUUUUUUCAGUAAAGCAUAUACCAGCUUUCCCAAAUCUGGUGACAAUUUUAAUCUGUUGCAUCCAAUCUUCCAGAGACAUGCUCAUGAACAAGAUACUAAAAUGCAUGAAGUUUAUAAAGGAAAUAUUAUUCCCAAGUUGAAUAAACACACUCUCAAAACUUCUGCUGCCACAGAUGUUUGGGCUGUGUACUUUUCUCAAUUUUGGAUAGAUUAUGAAGGGAUGAAAAGUGGAAAAGGGCGGCCAAUAAAUUUUAUAGACUCUUUCCCUCUUUCCAUCUGGAUUUGCCAACCAACAAGGUAUGCCCAGUCACAAAAAGAGCUGCAGACUUGUAAUCAGGUAUCUCUAAAUACAUCACAAAGUGAAUCUAGUGAUCUGACUGGACGAUUGAAGCGGAAGAAGCUCUUGAAAGAGUAUUAUAGUACAGAAUCUGAGCCCUUAACAAAUGGUAGUCCAAAAUCUUCAGAUACAUUUUUAAGAUUUUCCUCUUCAUCAUCAGAUGCAGAUGUUCAUGUCCUGGUUCACAUUCAUAAACAUGUCAGUAUGCAGAUCAAUCACUACCAGUAUCUGCUCUUGCUUUUCCUCCACGAGUCACUCAUUUUGCUUUUGGAGAACUUAAGAAAAGAUGUAGAAGCUGUGACUGGCGCUCCUCCUAGUCAGACAUCCAUUUGCAUUGGAAUUUUACUUAAAAGUGCAGAAGUGGCUCUUUUGCUACAUCCAGUGGAUCAAGGAAAUACUCUUAAGUCUCCUGUCACUGAAAGUGUGAGCCCAAUGGUUCCUGAUUAUUUGCCUACAGAAAAUGGAGAAUGUUUGUCUUCAAAAAGGAGGCAAGUUAGUAGUGGUAUAAAUCAAAUCAGAAGUGUAACUGUUAAUCACAUGUCAGACAACAGAUCUAUGAGUGUUGACCUUAGCCAUGUCCCUUCGAAGGAUCCUUUGCUUUUUAAAUCAGCUAGUGAUACAAAUCUGCAAAAAGGUAUUUCUUUUCUUGAUUAUUUAUCAGAUAAAAAUUUAGGGAAAAUAAGUGAAGAUGAAAGUAGUGGAAUUGUGUGCAAAAGUGGAUCAGGAGAAAUUGGAUCAGAAACAAGUGACAAAAAGGAUUCUUUGUAUACAGAUUCAAAUAGUGUCUUAAACUACAGAGAAGAUUCAAGUUUGCUGUCCUUGGAUAAUGAUGGUAAUCAAAACAUACUUUCAAAUAAUUUAACUACUAGAGGACAUGAAACCAUAGAGUCAGUCUUUAAAGCUGAAGAUUUGCUUCCAGAAACAGUUUCACUCUCUGAGAACCUAGAAAUCAAUCAAGAAGAAGCACCCACGGUUAGAACACUUAAAUCACAGUCAUCUUUCAGUGGAAAGCCUAAGGAACGGAUUCCACCCAACCUGGCUCCACUCUGUGUUUCUUAUAAGAACAUGAAAAGAAGCCCCUCACAGACCUCAUUGGACACCAUUUCACUUGACAGUAUGAUAUUGGAAGAACAGUUGUUAGAAAGUGAUGGAAGUGAUACUCAUAUAUUUUUGGAAAAAGGUAUUAAAAAGAACUCAACUACGAAUUACCAGAGCCUAACGGAGAGUGCAAAUGCCAGUGCAAAUCUACAGAAUUUUGGUGAAACCUCUCCAGAUGCCAUCAGUACAAAUUCAGAGGGUGCUCAAGAAAAUCAAGACCUGAUGUCAGUUGUGGUGUUUAAAAUUACUGGUGUUAAUGGGGAAAUUGACAUCCGAGGGGAAGAUAUGGAAAUCUGUCUGCAAGUGGACCAAGUUACACCAGAUCAGUUAGGCAAUAUCAGUCUUCGACAUUACCUCUGUAAUCGUCCAAUAGGUUCGGAUCAUAAAUCUGUAAUUCAUUCCAAAUCCUCUCCUGAGAUUACUCUGAGAUUUGAGAGUGGGCCUGGUGCUGUAAUACACUCUUUGCUUGCAGAAAAAAAUGGAUUUUUGCAAUGCCAUAUAGAAAACUUUAGCACAGAGUUUUUUACAUCUUCGCUUACUAAUAUUCAACAUUUUUUGGAAGAUGAAACUGUUGCAACCGUGAUGCCAAUGAAGAUACAAGUUUCUAACACAAAAAUAAAUUUAAAAGACGACAGUCCUCGUAGUAGUACCAUAUCCCUUGAGCCAGCUCCUGUAACUGUUCAUAUUGACCAUCUUGUGGUAGAGAGAAAUGAUGAUGGUUCUUUUCAUAUCAGAGAUUCUCAGAUGCUUAACACUGGAAAUGAUUUGAAAAACAAAGUCAAAAGUGACUCAGUCCUGCUUGCCAGUGAAGAGUAUGAUGUGAAGGAACAGCACAGCAUCACUCAAGCCACUCAGACAAGUCCAGAGGUUCCUUGGCCUUCUCAGUUGGUUAACUUUCCUGGGUGCUCCUUUGAUUUUACUAGGGAACAGCUCAUGGAAGAGAAUGAAUUUCUUAAACAGGAAUUGGCCAAAGCUAAAAUGGCUCUUGCAGAGGCUCACUUGGAAAAAGAUGCUCUUCUUCAUCAUAUAAAGAAGAUGACAGUUGAAUAACAGGAAUGGCAAUCAAAAAUUAAAAUUAAUAGCUGUGGAGUAGGGAGGUUGUAUUUAUAAUGUUAUGUUAGCAGAAGACUUUCCUUUUCAUGAAAUGACAAUAAAAUGAAGUAGAAUGUGAUGAAGUGGUGACUGUUCCAAAGCCAGUUUAGAAAGUAUUAGGUACGGGCAUUACAAUCUUUUGGUUGUUUUGUGUUUUGGGGUUUAACCCUCCUUUAAACUGGUAUGAUAUGGGGAAGUCAGCACAUACUGUAAAAUAAUUACAUGCCUAAUGGAAAGAAGGUGUCAUUUCUUAAUUUUGAUAUCACAUUAUAGGCACUUUUUAAAAAGAAAAUUGGAAAGCUAUUGUGUUCCCACAGAUUGCUGGUUUUAUUUAUCACUAUUUGUUAAUAAUUUAUUUACAAAGAUUCAAAUGCUUUUAGGGCUAAUGUAAUUAAAAGGAGGCUUACCUUUUAAAUGUUAUUAAAAUUAUGUACUUAAAUCUAUAAUUAUUUAAUUACUGUGGAAAAGUCCAAUCAAGUUAAUAAAUUAUAUUGACUGGGCUUGAAAAUUCUGGAAAAUCAUCACCCUACUGAACUUUCAAAGUAACUUGAAAAUGUGAAAAACAAAUCAUUUAAAAUGAUCAAUAAACUGUAUAAGUUAAAGCUAUAAUUUUCAACUAAAAGAUCGUACAAAUGUAAAAAUAAAAAGCACAAACUGUAAAAAAGCAAAGCAUUACAGUAUAUGGCCAACUGAUUUAGAAAGCGUUACUUGUACAUUCCUUAAACAGUUUAUGUUAGAAGUAAAAGAGUAAUUUAACUAUCCCUACAUUUGGUAGCAUUUGUAACUACAAGAAUUUUAAUUAAUACUAUUUAUAUUAUUUCUUUACCUUUAUCUUUUCUCUAUUUAAGGAGGGGAAUGUUUGCAGAGAAUUUUCUUUUCAUAUACAUAAAAUUUCAUACCAUUCUUGUAGUAACAUAUUAGGUAGAUGUUUACACAUAUUGUAUUUAUAAAGCUAGUUUUGAUUAAAGGUCUCUGUGAUAUAAAUAUUAUCUUCUAUAAUAAGAAUAAUGGUACAUUUUGAAUUCUAUUUUCUAGGGAUUGUUAAGAUUGAAACCAACGUGAGAGAGAAAAUCAUGCAUUAUAAAAGUUUAUGAGUGUUUAAGAAACAGAUGUUUUUAAAGAUUUAAAAUAUAUUUCUGAUAGAAUUAAACUAAGUAGGGUCUAUUUUAAAAUUCACAUUCUUAAACAUAAAUAUAUCCAAGCUAUAACAUGAAACAGCUCAGAGUACUCUUUCUUUAAGAUACUUGAAGAUUUUAAAUGACAUUACAACACUUAUGGUGCUUUGCUUGUUUGGCAUGACUUCCAUAGCCAUCCCUAUAUCGGAAUACUUGGAGGAAAAUACAUGUUUCAUUUACAUUAAGUGUUGGAGUGAUUUAGAUUUCACUGAAAACAAUACUGGCCUUUUUUUUUCCUUCUGUAACAUCCAUUUUCAUUGACAUUAUUUAAAAAUACAGGCCUGCUGUGGGAGCUGAGGAUAUAGCAAAGAACAAAUUAAAUUGUUAAUUUUUUACCUCAGAGUAUUUUAAAAAUCACCUUUAAACCAUGUUAAUCUAAAACUAUAUAGUAGUCUUAGACUAAAAGCAAAGGUCUAAUUAAAGAUUUAAAACAUACAGCUUAUAUGCUUAGUUUAGAGUACUGUUGAUUUGUAGGUAUUCAACAAAAGCAGUCUCUUACACAAAAGCAGGACUGAUGGGACAUUAACUUCUUCAGAGCUGACAGUUUCUCAGGACUGCCUUAUUUGCUCCAUAGAAGUUUUAAAUUUAUGGUGUAAUUGUUUAGUGUUACAGAAGCUGGAUGUUUUCCUUUUUCCUUUUCAGUUUACUUGGCCUUCUCAAGAAGCAUAUGAACAGUAGAGAUGAUAAUUAAUAUUGAUUUGAGCAUUCUUAUAUGCUUUGUUGGACUUUUUAAAUUUAUAGUGAGUACUAUUUUUAUAGAGAUUUAAAAUUCAUAAAGCACUUUGAAAAACAUUAUCUCAUGUAAUUCUCACAACAAAUCUGGGAGGUAGGUAUUACUCACAUUUUAUAACUUUUACCAAACAAACCCUGUGGCUUAAAAAAGAACAAGUGACUUGACUGAAAUCACAAUCAAUAACUUGCCCUUUUGACUUAAAUCCCAAUUAUAUGUUUUUAUUUUACCUUUGUCAUUAAUUCACAGAUUUUGCCAGAGGUAGGGAAAGGAGUCAUUUACUUACUUUUAUCUGUUUUUUUUUUUAUAAGAUAAAUAUAAUACUUUUAAUUGUGCAAGUGUGAUGUGUGUAUAUUUUUCAAACUACUUAGAAGAUAGUGGGAGAACCUUUGUUUAAGUUAACCCCAACCUUUUCACAGUGUGAGAAAUACAGGAGUAAACCUAUGAUAAACUUACCAGAAUUUUUUAAUGACCAUAAAGUAGAAAAAAAAGUUGCCAUAUUUUUUAUUUAUUUUUACUUUUAUGUUAUUUGCACUGAGUCUCUAGCCAGAGAUGUUAGUGGUCACGGGCUGAAAUGGUAAUUGUGUUUUGCCUUUUAAUUUUAUGUACAUCAAAAACAUUUUCUUAGUAUCUUGUAUUUUUUUUCUUAUCUCAUUUUGUCCUAGAAUUUCAAAAGACCACCCUGUGACAUUAAUUGUGAUGAAAUGUUAUUUUUAUUUAAGCCACAUAAGAAUGGCUAGGUGUGAUUGCAUGAAAAUAUAUGUAGAAAAAUUAACCAGAAACUCCUUUCUGGAUUUGUUGUAGUUAUUUGGUAUUUGUCACAACAAGAGUUAUAAUAACUUCCACUUUAACAAGUUUUUAUUAAUCUCCACUCUCCUCAAGACAUUUCCUAUUUCAGUGAAUGGUACCACCAUCACCCUGGUUCCCAAACUGGAAACCCUGAACUACUCUUAGACACUUUCCUCUCCCUACCUGCCCCCCACCGUCAGCUCUUUACCAGGUCCUGUCAUCUCUCGUAUUUGUUGGCUUCUCUCCACCUCUCAUCGCCUCCCUAGCUACCAUCAGCACCUUUUGCCUGCUUCACUGCAGUUGCCUCCUGACUGGUCUUCCUACAGCUCCUCUGGGCCCCCCUCUGAUUCACUCUACUGCAGGCAAAAUUCUCUUUUGAAGUGCAGUUUUAAUCAAGGCAGCCCCCCCAUCCCUAUUCUUACCCACUUUAAUGGCUUUUUCUUGCUCUUAAGAUGAAAACAAAAAUAUUUAAGUUAGAGCCACUAUUUAGGGUGUAAUUCUGAGCAUUAAAAGAGUUAAUGUCCAAACCAUUAAAAGGGUGGCUGGCACAUAAUUGUACAUCGUGUUUCAGUUACUUUGUUACUUCGUUGCACUUCAAGUAUCUGGAAUGAGUGGGAAUUAAAGUGCUUCUUCCACCACAGGA